CCUCUGCUUUGGUAGCUCUUCACAAGGCAACCUACCCAGCUUGGUUUUGCAGAGAGUUGAAGUUUAGAAUAGCCUCACGAGCGGGACAUAUUUCACGCACCAGGACAAAGAUGGGAACCAGCCAUGUGCCAUUUGGUGUUCUAGGAGAGGGAUAUAUAAAGGGUGGUGGAGUUGCUGAAGCGAUCAGAAGCCGGUGCGAACCUUUGCAUCCAGUUGAAAAGCCAUCUUAGUAGUGCUUAUAGAGUGCCACAGCAGAGAGGGAUGGUAGCGUGAGAAUGGGAAAAGAAGAGCACUUCGAGGUUCUAAAGGUCAAGACGCAUAUCCUGAAGGUGAACAUCCAUUGUCAUGGAUGCAAGCUCAAAGUUAAGAAGCUUCUUCAUAGAAUCCAAGGAGUCUUCUCAGUAGAUAUAGAUUUGGAGAACCAGAAAGUGACUGUCCAAGCAAACGUGGACUCUUCUACUCUGAUCAAGAAGCUGAUAAGAGCAGGGAAGCACGCCGAGCUCUGGCCUCAGAAAUCCAGCGACCAGAGCAACAACAAGAAGCAAAACAGUCAGACUGCUGCUCCGGCGAAGGACAACAAGAAGAAGAACAAAGAACAAUGGAAGGAGGAGAGCAACCUCAAGCCCUCCAAAGUCCUCCACAGGCAGCUUCAUUUAUACAGCUCUGACGACAAAGACUACGACAGCAACGAUGAAGACUCUGAGGAUUUAGAAGAUGGCCUACAUUUGCUCCACAAAAUCCAGCAAAACAACUUAAUUCGGCAGCGGAAUAACUCAGCAUCUGGUGCAAAUAAGGCAGGAAAUAAAAAUGCAAGCAAUGAGAGUAGAAACAAGGCAGGUGGAAAUGAAAAUCCAGAUUUAAAUGCAAACAUUGCAGCCUUGCAAAAGAUGAUGAUUGAUAAUGCUAAUGGAUUCCAAGCAAAUGCUUACCAUGGGGGUGUGCAAAGCCAGGGGCCGAUGAUGGUGAACUACCAAGGGCAAGCUCAUCAUCCCUCAGCCAUGAUGAGGGGCCACAACAUGAUGAAGCCUCAGAUGAUGAUGAGAGACCACAACAUGCAGCAGCCUCAGAUGAUGUAUCUGAGGUCGCCUCAGGUUUCACCUUACAGUGGCUACUACAGCUGCUUCCCCGCUCAAUAUAAUCAUCAAAAUUAUCUGCCUUGCGAUGAUUAUGUUACUCAUCUGUUCUGUGAUGAGAACCCUGGAGGUUGCGUUAUCAUGUAGAAGACGGAGCUUAAUUAAAGCGCAGCCCCUCAAUAUUUAGCCACAGAUCUCAAGUUUCUCUCCUUAUCCUUAUAUUUUUGUUUAUAAUCUCUAGUUUCUUAUGCUUUUUUUCACUCUCUGCCCUCUGGCAGUGUGGAUCUGUAGGAUAUGCUGUCACCGAAUAUCUACCGUGUGGUUUUGCAAAUUCUCACGUCUUUUAUGCUA